CUCGCCUCUCAGCCGCAGCGGCCCCGCGAGGAGGAGGAGGAGCCGCCGCCGCAGCAUCAAAGAGACCGAAUUCCCGCGGCCUGGGGGGGAGUCAUGCUUUGCGGUCUGUAAUGUCAGCAGAACAGGAGAAGGAUCCCAUUUCGCUGAAGAGAGUUCGAGGUGGUGAUAGUGGACUGGAUGGGUUAGGAGGACCAGGUGUACAACUAGGAAGCCCAGAUAAGAAAAAACGCAAGACAAAUACACAGGGGCCUUCUUUUCCUCCAUUGUCUGAGUAUGCUCCACCACCGAAUCCAAACUCUGACCAUCUAGUGGCUGCUAAUCCAUUUGAUGACAACUAUAAUACUAUUUCCUAUAAACCACUACCUUCAUCAAAUCCAUAUCUUGGCCCUGGUUAUCCUGGCUUUGGAGGCUAUAGCACAUUCAGAAUGCCACCUCACGUUCCUCCAAGAAUGUCUUCCCCAUACUGUGGUCCUUACUCACUCAGGAAUCAGCCACACCCAUUUCCUCAGAAUCCUUUGGGCAUGGGUUUUAAUCGACCUCGCUUUAACUUUGGGCCACAUGAUAAUCCAAGCUUUGGACAUCCAUCUUAUAAUAAUGCACUAAGUCAGAAUGUUAACAUGCCUAAUCAACAUUUUAGACAAAAUCCUGGAAACUUCAAUCAGAUUCCUCCACAGAAUACUAACCAAGUAUCUAACCCUGACUUGGCAUCUAACUUUGUCCCUGGAAAUAAUUCAAAUUUUACUUCUCCAUUAGAAUCUAAUCAUUCUUUUAUUCCUCCCCCAAACACUUUUGGUCAAGCAAAAGCACCCCCAAAACAAGACUUUAGUCAAGGAGCAACCAAAAACACUACAAAUUCCUCUGCUCAUCCACCUCACUUAAAUAUGGAUGACACAGUGAAUCAGAGUAAUAUUGAAUUAAAAAAUGUUAAUCGAAACAGUGCAGUAAAUCAAGAGAAUAGCCGUUCCAGUACCACAGAAGCUACAAAUAACAGCCAUGCAAAUGGGAACCAGAAUAAGCCGCGGCAACCUAGAGGUGCCCCAGAUGCAUGCACCACUGAAAAAAGCAAAUCCUCUCUCCACCCAAGCCGUCAUGGCCAUUCUUCUUGACCAGUGUAUCCUUGUGGGAUUUGUACAAAUGAAGUGAAUGAUGAUCAGGAUGCCAUCUUAUGUGAAGCCUCUUGUCAGAAAUGGUUUCAUCGGAUCUGCACUGGAAUGACUGAAACAGCUUAUGGCCUCCUAACUGCAGCAUCAGCAGUAUGGGGCUGUGAUACCUGUAUGGCUGACAAAGAUGUCCAGUUACUGCGUACUCGAGAAACUUUUGGUCCGCCUGCAGUGGGCAGUGAUGCUAAUCACAGGCAUUAGUUAAAGUGAUUUUUUUUUCCUGUGUUAUUUCAGAGGCUCAGUGACACAGGAUUUUAAUGUUUUACAUUAUUUUUUUAAAUGCACAUACAAAAAGAUUAUUUACCUUUCAGUUUUUGUUAAUAUUCUACUUCAUUACCAGUGCAAAUUUUGUAUUGUCUUGUUUGCUAUCUUAAAUGAGAAUAAUGUAUAUGGGGGUGCUUUAGAAAGUACUAUACAAAUAAAUGUUAGUUGUCGUUGUUGUUGUUAAUCAUAAACAUAAAAGCCUC